UGCAGGUGCACAUUUCGGCCGCGGGGCGUCGUUGAGUCAGCGGAAGUCAAAACAACGGCGAGGAGGAAAGAACGGGAAGUCAGGAAGCCGCCUGUCUGCCAGUGACAGCCCGUAUCAAAGAAAAACACUGCAGAACGUGAACGCUUCUUCCUUUUUUCUUUUUUUUGGUUUAAGAUAAAUCACCCGAGGCGUCGCCGACAUGUCGAAGAACACCGUGUCCGCCCGCUUCAGGCGAGUGGACGUGGACGAGUACGACGAGAACAAAUUUGUGGACGAGGAGGACGGAGGAGAAAAUCAGCUGGGUCCUGACGAGGCAGAGGUGGAUUCACUCAUCAGACAAGGAAAUCUCAUGGAGGCUUUACAUGCAGUACUGAAGAACCCACCAAUCAACACAAAGAACCAGAACGUCAAGGACCGUGCGGAGGGUCUGGUGCUGAAGGUGCUCAGUGCCUUCAAGAGCAGUGACAUCGAGAAAGGCGUGCAGUCGCUCGACAAGAACGGCGUGGACCUGCUGAUGAAAUACAUCUACAAAGGCUUCGAGAGGCCGUCAGAAAACAGCAGUGCGGUCCUGUUGCAGUGGCACGAAAAGGCUCUGGCAGCUGGAGGAGUGGGAAGCAUCGUCAGGGUGCUAACAGCGAGGAAGACGGUGUAAAAGAGGAGCGGCCCUCUCCACAUUACUGACAGAUUUAAAGGGGGGGUGGGGGGUUGCACUGUGUUAUGCUGUUUAUGUAACAGAUGGCAUAAGGACUAACAGGAAAAACAGAUUUUUUAACCCAAUGAGAUGUGUUCAAGGCAAGACUUUAAAAAAAGAGAGAGAAAAACAUACAAUCUGGGUCAUAUUAAGUUAAAAAUGGAUUUUCCUGUUGAGUCCUGUGCAUGAUCAUAGCUUAAAUCGUACUUCUCACAGGGUGCUACAGAUAAUUUUGUACCCCAUGUGUCUGUACUGAUUCCCUGAUCUGUUAACCCUUCUGUCCAUGUCAUUCAUGUACAGUAAUGUGCUCAGUGUAGACACCGGUGGUUCCCAACCAGCCACAUUUUCUGCUAUGUAAAAUUGUUUAUAGUCUAAUCACAUAAAAUAGGACUACUGGUCAAAACCAGUAGAAAUGAGUACACCCCCCCACCCCACCCCCAUGCAAUUUGUCAGAAAGGUUGGGUACCACUGCUGCACACUGUACUCACACAUUCAUAGGAACACACAUAUUUUUUAUUUUUGCAUCCUGCACUGAAGGUUUCAGCUUUGUUUCUCUCAGGAAACUCUGAGCGUUUGGUUUCCCUCCUCCUCCUGUCUUACAUCAUCAUUAGAUACUUCCUGAUGGAAUGAAAGCCCGGCUCUCUGCCCCUCUCUGUAACACUUAAGCAGUGAGAUUUGCUUGAAAAGCACAGUCACAGAUGGAGGGUGCUGGAUUUGCUCACAAGGGGUGGGGUAAUGUCACCAUUUACCCCUGAGGGAAUGGUGGUGGAGGAAGAGGGGUCAUUUAUCCUUUCAUGCUGCUCCAGUUAAGGAUUAUUAUCCACGAUGCAUCUCCACCAUCACUCUUUAUUAAUCCCACUUUGUUUCCUCACAUCCUGCAUAUGUGCGACUCCCUGAUGCUCCCUCUGCUACUGAACAGGGCAUUACGUGGCUCUGCUGAUACUGUUUAUAGGAGCUGCGUGCUCUCUGACAAACACACCACCUAGAGAAUAUGCGCUCCCUUUUUUUUUUUUUUUUUUUUUAAAUAACUUUUUCAGUAUUUAACAAAAGGAUUAAACAUUAUGCUCUUUGUUUUGUUAUUGUUUUGAGUAACGGUGAUUUUUUUUUUGCCUCGUGGCCAAAACUCCACUCAGUCCAAUUUAGAAACACUGCCCGCAGGUCUGACGUGCUCAAUGACCUAAGAGGAUAAAUGUUUUCUUAGUGAACUGAGAGGGAUGAUAAUUUUAAAAAAAUUGCUUGCAUGAUCCCAUUUUUGAGAUUUUCAGUAUUCACUCGAGCAUUUCAUACCUGUCAUUUGUUUUUUUAUUGUUCUAACUUUUCUAUCAGUCCUGAGUUAAAUAAUUUUUUUUUUUUAGAAAACACAUCUUUCGUACAGGGUGCAUCUCAUAGUAAAAGAAAGAAAGAUCAGUUCUCACACAUUUUAUAUAACAGCUGGAAAUGUGAAAUUUUUCAUCCACCUUAUCAGGUAGAUGAUGUGUUGCCAAAUGUUUUCUCUUGCUUUCAUGGAAUAAUGUAGCUUACAUUUGUGAUAUAGUUGAGUUUGUGUGUUAGAGAACAAGUGGUGGAUUUUUUUUUUCUUAACCAUACAGUAUAGAUGAUCAUGAAAGAAACAUGUGUUGCAGUGAAAUUGUGCAGACUUGGUGAUGAAAUGGAUUCAGUUCCAGCUUUCAGUUCCUUUCUGCUCAUUUCCAAACACACAGUAAAGGUUAUUUAAAGAUUGUUUUUUUUUUUUCUUUUCUCAAUAGGUGUUGCUUUUUACAAAACACAAGUCACAACAGUUGUUUUAUUUGGACAUGGGUUGUCAUGUUUGAAUACUGUCGUCAGUGAUGAUGCAUCCAGACAUUGGAUACCUUCUCUAAUGCAGUAAUGACUAGAUUCACGUGGAAACAAAAAGGAAAAAAACAAAAACGGUUCGACUUCAUGUAUUUCUAGUCAGCGAUGCUCUUCUGGGUGAGAUGGUGGUGGAGCAUACCAAACUGAUGUACAAACUGCCUUACACAAAUGUUCCUUUUUUAUGUUUGUGCUUUUUUGACAAAAAUAAAUAAAAGGUAUGAAUGCUG